UGUGGGUGUGAGAUGGAGGCGCCGCCGGCCUUCACUUUGCCACCUCCGCCGCCACCUCCAGGGUUCCACUACCUGCAGGAGCCCCAGGACGACGCUUACGUCGAUUCAUCCUCGACGCCUCUUCCCUGGACGUGCCCCGUCCUGGUCAGCACCCCGCAGUACUACCAGGACGCCCUCUUCUCCACAGUUGCAGCUGCCUGCGUCGCCGUCCUUCUGCUGGUGUUGGCCAUCAUUGUCACCGUUGCCUCGAGGAGACGCCCUUCGGUUCGCCAUUACUCCUCCAACCCGAUCUGCCGCCCGACGCCCUCGGCGAGCAAGCCCAUCCCUCGCACGCCAUGCCGCGCUUCGUACGCCUCCCUGGAGCAGUCGUUCGCCGCCGGGCACUUCUCCUCGGGCGCGGGCGGCCCUUCCCCGUCCCCCACCUACUGCUCGCCCUGCUCCCCGUCCCCCUCCCGAGUCCUCCCUCUGACCCCUUCCUCCUCUCGCAUGGUUGUCCGCUACCACACCUCCAGCCGGUCCUUCAGCCACUCCCUGGCUCGCCCGCUCGCCUCCGCCCGCACGCAGACUGCCCACCCGCACCGCAGUCCGCUGUACCGCCCACGACUGGCGAGAGUGAUGACCGGCCAGCUGCUGGUGCUCCCAGGCGGCGGUGCCAGCCCCUGCGUCGGCCAUAAGUUCCCCGGGAUGGAAAUGAUGUCUCCCGCGCGCGCCGUGGAUAACGUGUACAGCCCCCUUCCCGCGCCCACCGCCCACACCGCCUUCGUCUUCCCUUGAGACGCCCACCUCCUGCGCUGUUUGUGGAUGCUGCCCACAAGGCCCCUCUUCUGCAGGAUCUCACAGGAGCGCCCAUGGGCCACCAGGGAGGCCACUCUUCCGCUUAUAGUCAUGCCCUUAUAGAAGCAUACCGCGGGCAGCGUGCCCCGGGCAACCGGUGGCCUCGUGUGUGUGGCACUGGUUGGGUGGCGCUGCCUCGCCGCCGGCUUCAUCCGCUCAUUUUGUAUAUAUACAUAAAAUAUUAUGCAUUGUUUAUAUCCAUUUUCCAUUGUAUUUGUAUUCUUUUAUCACCCGUGACGUGUGGGCUACCUGUGAUCUUUUGUUUGGACUGUGACUGCAUCUAG